GUCUCACCCGCGUUCUCGUCCCCAUACCUAUUUACUCUUUCGCUCAAAAACACCUUUCGUGAGAGAUACAGUCUACGGUCAGAAAUGUGGAGCGCCACACUGCGCCAGCCACCGGCGCGAUGGAUUCAGGCGCCUGGCCGGGCACUUUCGAGCUCCUUUACCAGAGGGCGCAUUAGCCCUCGCGGUCCUCGCAAUUCCAUACGCAGGCCAGAGCCCCUAAGAAGAGAGAGGAUACCCGCGCAAUCAGAAGUGAAAAAUGAUCCCGGCUCCGCACACGCAGACUACGAUCCAUCCCAAAAUUCGCUUCUCGCUCCUGUCCAUAUACCCGAGGAUCCGCAUGCCGUGCUCAAGGAAACCCAUCCGGCGACGGGGAUACUGGCCAAUUCUGGGCUGGUGGUCCAGCGGCAGCUAGAACUGAUGAAUGUAAUGAUCGGGUUUGAACAAGCCAACAAGUACGUGAUCAUGGAUGCAAAUGGAAACCACAUCGGUUAUAUGGCAGAACAGGAGAAGGGAAUGGCAAGCAUGAUGGCUCGACAGUGGUUUCGGACGCAUCGGGGUUUCGUGACGCACGUGUUUGAUAGGCAUGAGAAUGAGGUGCUUCGAUUUCACCGUCCAUUUUCCUGGAUCAACUCUCGCAUUCGAGUUUACAACCCCUUAGAUAUUGCAACAAGCACCCACCCCUCUACAAAUGUCCAAACUGUUUCUCCCGGUACAUUGGCGCAGGCGACAGAAUCCUCGAACGCCCGGGUCUCGCCACUAGGAUUUGAUAAAAUGCGUGUGGUUGGGGAAGCCCAGCAACAGUGGGCGCCUUUACGCCGAAAAUAUAACCUCUUCACUUACCACGCCUCGCCGGACCCAGCAACAGACAUGCAAACACAGAGAAUGCCACUUUCACAGUCGGGCUUGUCUAGCGCGCAGCAGAUGCAACUAAUUCAAGCGACACGCAACGGGUCAGGACAAGGUGAAUACAACCAAUUCGCUUAUGUGGAUGAACCUUUCUUGUCGUGGGACUUCGGUCUUCGCUCGGCCGACAGUCGAUUAAUAGGAUCUGUGAACCGCAACUUUGCGGGUUUUGCGCGGGAGGUUUUCACGGACACCGGCGUAUACGCUUUACGAAUGGACUCGGCGGCGCUUAACGCAGAACAAGCAGCUACGCAAAACACUUCCGUUACCGGAAUGACCCUCGACCAACGUGCGGUAAUGUUGGCUACAGCAGUCAGCAUUGAUUUUGACUACUUCAGUCGUCAUAGUGACUCCGGUGGAUUUGGCUUCUUCCCUCUAUGGAUUCCUGGAUUUGGCGGAGAGGCUGCGGCCGGUGGCGCCGCUGCCGGUGAAGCCGGCGCUGUAGGAGAGACCGCUGCGGGAACGGUGGGCAGAGCCGGUGCUACCGGAGGCAUGACCGACAGUGCAGUGGCUGGAGCUGCAGGCGCAGGUGCCAUGGCAGGGUAUGAUGCCUUAUCCCGGGGCGUGCCGGGGGAUGGCCAGUCCCAGUCCGCUCCGCCAGAUCAGCACCCGCCGCCCAUGGAUCAACAGGCACCGACUUCCGGACAAGUUGGCCCUUACGGAGAUGUCUGGGCUGAAGAGCAGGAGGAUCCUUGGAGCCAUGAUCAAGAGGAUUUCUGGGCCGAAGAAGACCCGACCGAUGGCGGCGGGGACGACGACUUUUUCUAAUUGACAUUCGGACGCAGUUAAAUGAUAGGCCUAUUUCCCCAUUCAUUUUUUGUCUCAUAAAAUCCCGAAGAUUCCAGUCAAGUCAACCCACCGGUACAAGAGCACCGUUGCCUGCUAACAUCGGCAUCGAGGGCGGCAAUUUAUGGGUUUGCUACGAACCCCGGGUGACAACAGCAGCCUCGACGGGCGCCAACCUGGACAAGGAGAACGGCUCUGGCAGCUGGCCUACGACCUAGAGUCGUAGUAUCAAAGACAGGACCUACGAGAUGGAGAGCGCGCCCUGAUGCGCGGACAAUGCUGUACACACAAGAUACAAAGGAAGGACUAUAAAGAGCAGGAGACUAGAUCCUAGCCAAUGUCGUCUCAUA